AUGCUGGGGUCCUUUGGUCCUGGCCAGCUGCCGCUACGUGAAGAUGUGGUUGAUGGCCAUCCUCAGCAGGCUCAGCAGAGAGCCGCUGUGGGUGUUAGCUACGCGGUCGAGCCUUCUGUCGGAAACAGCUCGUACUGUGACGUUGUGUGUGAUGAUAAAGAGGGCUGGGGCCCGGUUUCCCCGGUGUAUGCUGACUUGACGAUGUGCUUCCUCAACGGAGCGCUGCUGUCUACGUUGAACGCGCUGUUCAUCGUGCUUGCGAUCCACGAUAUCCGUCGCAUCACAGGCGCCAGGGGCGUGAAGUACAGAAAGAACUGGAGCUACUAUGCCAGGAUGAUCCUCGUCUUGUUCCAGCUGUCGUUGGCCGCUGUGUAUACUUACAACUUGGUUCCAUCUCUGGACUCGUACUUGAACGUUGAUUUCAUACAGUCAUCGUUACAAAUUGCCGCCUUGUUGCUUGGUGUGGCCUUGAACCAUCUCGAUUACGUCUAUUCAAAGAUCACGUCGACGGUUAUGCUGCUCUACUGGUUCUUCAGCGCAUUCUUGGGGUUCCUAAAGAUGCUCAACAUGCUGUGGAGACAUGAAGUUCACGAUAACUUCACCGUUCAGGUCUUCCUCUUCGUCAACGCGGUGUUCACGCUGUUGGUGUGUUGGAUGCCCAUCAAGCCGCAAACUUAUCACCCAGUGGAUAAGGAAAACCCAUUCGACAAUGCAGAUGUGUUCUCUGUGAUGACAUUCUCUUGGAUGACCCCGCUGAUGAAGCUGGGUUACAAGCAAUAUCUGACCGAGGAUGAUUUGCCACCUCUACCUCGUUCUUUCAAGUCCGGUUACCUCUCAGAAGUUUUCGAAGAACACUGGAAUAAACAGCUGAAAAAAUCUAAUCCUUCGUUGGGUUGGUCUAUUUUGGUGACUUUUGGUCCACGUAUCGUGUUAGGCGGAAUGUUCAAAGCCAUCCAAGACAUCUUACAAUUCUCUCAACCACUGAUGUUGAGAUAUUUGAUUCAAUUCGUGAAUGUCUAUAACUAUGAACAAUCACAGCCAAUCACUAGAGGUGUUUCGUUGGUUAUUGCAAUGUUUAUUAUCUCAGUUUCUCAAACUGCUCUGUUACAUCAGUACUUUUGGAAUAUCUUUAACGUUGGAAUGAAUGUCAAAUCAUCCUUGAUUGCCACCAUCUACAAAAAGGCAUUGAAACUGUCCAACGAGGCUAGAGGUGAAAAGGCAACUGGUGAUAUCGUCAACUUGAUGUCCGUUGAUACCCAGAGAUUGGCUGAUUUAUCCAAUGUGGGGUCAAUCAUUUGGUCUGGUCCAUUCCAAAUCAUCUUAUGCUUGGUUUCAUUACACAGCUUGUUGGGAAAUUCUAUGUGGGUUGGUGUUGUUGUCAUGUUAAUCCUCAUUCCUUUGAAUUCUUACUUUACAAAAUAUAUCAAAACGUUGCAAAAAUCCCAGAUGAAAAAUAAAGAUGAGAGAACUCGUGUCAUCGCAGAAAUUCUUAACAAUAUAAAAUCUUUGAAGUUAUAUGGUUGGGAAAAGCCUUACAAGGCUAAGCUAAACCAUGUUAGAAAUGAAAAGGAACUGAAGAAUCUGAUCAAGAUGAGUAAGGUGCAAGCAUACUUGAGUGGUCAAUGGAUGAUGGCUCCUUUCUUAGUGUCUUGUUCAACAUUUGCAGCAUUUAUCUGGUUGGAGAAUAAACCACUGACCACUGAUUUGGUGUUCCCAGCUCUAACUUUGUUCAACUUGUUACAAUUCCCAUUGGCCGUUAUCCCAAUGGCGAUCACCUCUUUCAUCGAAGCUCAAGUCGCUAUUGGCAGAUUGUCAUCAUUUUUGAGAUCUGAAGAGUUGCAACCAGAUGCCGUCACACAUUUAGAGAAGGCAAAGAGAGUUGGUGAUGUCUCUGUGGAGAUAAAAGAUGGUACUUUCCUAUGGCAACGUAAGCCAGAAUACAAGAUUGCCUUGGACAAAAUCAAUUUUGUGGCCAAGAAGGGAGAACUAUCAUGUAUUGUAGGUAGAGUCGGCUCUGGUAAAUCGGCUUUGAUCCAGAGUAUCUUGGGUGAUCUCAAUAGAAUUAAUGGUUCUGUCACUAUUCAUGGUGAAAUUGCCUAUGUUGCACAAGUUCCUUGGAUUAUGAACGGUACAGUCAGGGAGAACAUUCUCUUUGGUCAUAGAUAUGAUCCUGUGUUUUAUGAAAAGACUGUGAAAGCGUGCGCUUUGACUGUGGAUUUUGCCAUCCUAAAGGAUGGCGACCACACGCUCGUCGGUGAAAAGGGUAUUUCUCUUUCUGGAGGUCAGAAGGCCAGAAUCUCCCUGGCAAGAGCCGUUUAUGCCAGAGCAGACGUCUACUUAUUCGAUGAUCCUUUAGCUGCGGUUGAUGAACAUGUUGGUAAGCACCUUGUGAACCACGUUUUGGGUCCUCAGGGCUUGCUAAGCUCAAAAUGCAAAGUCCUUGCUACAAACAAGAUUUCCGUUCUUUCUAUUGCCAAUAACAUCACUCUUAUGCAAGAUGGAAGUAUCACCCAACAAGGUACCUAUGAUCAAAUCAUGAAUGCACCGGGCUCUGUUUUGUCUCAACUCAUCACCGAAUACGGUGAAAAGAAAGCUGAGAGUGAAGGGUUUAAAGAAGAAGAAAUUGACGUGGAAAAUUUGGUCUCUGAAGAAUCCUCUGAGGCUGGAGAUAUAUCCGAUGCGUUAAGUUUAAGAAGAGCAAGUUCUGUGACUCUCAAGUCGAUCAGAUUUGCUGACGAUGAUGUUGCACAGGAACGUAAGGAACAUCGUGAACAAGGCAAAGUGAAAUGGUCUGUCUACAAGGAUUAUAUCCAAGCCUGUAAUCCUAGAUAUUGUUGCCUCUGUUUGGGUGCAAUAAUUGCAGCACAAAUCCUUAGUAUUGUCAGUUCCGUUUGGUUAAAAUACUGGUCUGAAAUUAACGGUGAUGAUCACUCCAACCCACAUGCAUGGAUCUAUUUGGGUAUUUAUUUCGUAAUUGGUCUUGGAACUUCCCUUGUUUACAUAUUCCAAAUGAUUACCCUGUGGCAAUACUGUUCUAUUGAAGGUUCGAAGAAGUUGCAUUCUGAUAUGAUUGACAGUGUGAUGAGAGCCCCAAUGCAAUUCUUUGAGACCACUCCAAUUGGAAGAAUUUUGAACAGAUUCUCAAAUGAUAUUUACAAGAUUGAUGAAGUGCUCGCAAGAACUAUUGCACAGUUUGUUGCAAACUCCUUAAAGGUCGGUUUCACCAUUCUUGUCAUUUGUUAUUCUACAUGGCAAUUUAUUCUGAUCAUUAUUCCUUUGUUGUUCCUCUAUAUGAACUACCAGCAGUAUUAUAUGAGAACUUCUCGUGAAUUGAGAAGAUUGGACUCUGUUACACGUUCUCCAGUCUUUGCACACUUCCAGGAAACAAUUACAGGAACGUCCACAAUCAGAGGUUUCGGACAACAGGAUAGAUUCAAGCACAUCAACCAAUCACACGUUGACAAUAACAUGAGUGCUUACUUUCCUACUGUCAACUCCAACCGUUGGUUAGCUGUUAGAUUGGAGUUCAUAGGAUCUGUGAUUAUCCUGGCAGCAGCAGGUUUGUCCAUUUUCACUUUGAAAUUUGGUACUAUUUCGGCGGGUCUUGUUGGUUUGUCCGUUUCUUAUUCGCUUCAGAUCACCCAAUCUUUGAAUUGGAUUGUCAGAAUGACUGUUGAGGUUGAAACUAACAUUGUUGCAGUGGAGAGAGUUAAGGAAUAUAGCAUCUUGAAACCUGAAGCACCAGAAAUUGUUGAGCCACGUCCAAAAUCCACGUGGCCAGAGCACGGUAAGAUUGAAUUCAAGAACUACUCCACACGUUAUAGAGAAGGAUUAGACCUUGUGUUGAAGAACAUCAACUUGUCUAUUAAUCCGAAGGAGAAAAUUGGUAUCGUUGGAAGAACUGGUGCUGGUAAGUCAUCUUUGACGCUGGCUUUGUUUAGAAUCAUUGAAGCCGCAAGUGGUGAAAUUAUCAUUGAUGGUGUUCCAACUCAGACUGUUGGUUUGGAAGAUCUUAGACAUAAGCUGUCAAUCAUUCCUCAAGAUUCCCAGGUGUUUGAAGGCACUGUUAGGGAAAACAUUGACCCUACAAAUCAAUUCACCGAUGAACAAAUAUGGAAUGCACUGGAACUGUCACAUCUGAAAUCCCACAUUGUCGGAAUGAGUGAUUCCAAUGAAGGACUGAACGUCAAGCUCAGUGAAGGAGGAUCCAACUUAUCAGUUGGGCAAAGACAACUGAUGUGUCUUGCCAGGGCUUUGUUGAUUCCAUCAACAAUAUUGGUUUUGGACGAAGCGACUGCUGCGGUUGAUGUUGAAACUGAUGAGAUUGUCCAAAAGACCAUCAGAGAUGAAUUCAAAGAUAGAACAAUCCUGACGAUUGCGCAUAGACUAAACACCAUCAUGGAUAGUGAUCGUAUUGUUGUUUUAGAAAAGGGUGAAAUCAAGGAGUUUGAUACCCCAGAGAACUUGUUAAAGAACAAGGAUGGGUUGUUCUACUCCCUCGUGAAUGCACACGAAUCUGACGACAAUGGCAAGGAUGCUUGA